UGGCCUGGUCGCUCUCGCUUCUCUGUGACAACUCUGAGCUUGCACUACUCUCUCCAGCCAUGAUUGCCAGACAGCAGGGUGUCCGAGGCGGGUCCCGAGGCUUUAGCUGUGGCUCGGCCAUCGUAGGAGGGGGCAGGAAGGCUGCUUUCAGUUCCAUCUCCAUGUCUGGGGGUGCGGGCCGCUGCUCCUCCGGGGGCUUCGGCAGCAGAAGCCUCUACAACCUCGGGGGGAACAAGAGCAUCUCCAUCAGCGUGGCCGGGUCCCGGCAAGGUGUGGGCUUCGGGGCUGCUGGAGGUUUGGGGGCUUAUGGCUUUGGUGCUGGUUUUGGCACCGGCGGUUUUGGCACCGGCAGCUUUGGUGGUGGAUUCGGGGGCUCCUUCGGUGGACGUGGUGGUGCUGGCUUCCCGGUCUGCCCUGCUGGCGGGAUUCAGGAGGUCACCAUCAACCAGAGCCUGCUGACCCCACUCCACGUGGAGAUCGAUCCUGAGAUCCAGAAGGUCCGGACUGAGGAGCGGGAGCAGAUCAAGACUCUCAACAACAAGUUUGCUGCCUUCAUCGACAAGGUGCGGUUCUUAGAGCAGCAGAAUAAGGUGCUGGAGACCAAGUGGAAACUCCUUCAGCAGCAGACGACCACCACGUCCAGCAAAAACCUCGAGCCCUUCUUUGAGACCUACAUCAGUGCCCUGAGGAAGCAGUUAGAUAGCUUGGCCAAUGACAAAGGACGCCUGCAGUCUGAGCUGAAGAUCAUGCAGGACAGCGUGGAGGACUUCAAGACCAAGUAUGAAGAUGAGAUCAACAAACGCACAGCUGCUGAAAAUGACUUUGUGGUCCUCAAGAAGGAUGUGGACGCCGCCUACAUGAGCAAAGUGGAGUUGGACGCCAAGGUGGACGCCCUUAAUGAUGAGAUCAACUUCCUGAGGGUCCUCUAUGCUGCGGAGCUGUCCCAGAUGCAGACCCAUGUCAGCGACACGUCUGUGGUCCUGUGUAUGGACAACAACCGGAACUUGGACCUGGACAGCAUCAUUGCCGAGGUCCGUGCACAGUAUGAGGAGAUCGCCCAGAGGAGCAAGGCUGAAGCUGAGGCGCUGUACCAGACCAAGGUCCAGCAGCUCCAGAUCUCAGUUGACCAAUAUGGGGACAACCUGAAGAACACCAAGAGUGAGAUCGCAGAGCUCAACAGGAUGAUCCAGAGGCUGCGGGCUGAGAUCGAGAACAUCAAGAAGCAGUGCCAGACUCUGCAGGCAUCCGUGGCCGAUGCAGAGCAGCGUGGGGAGGUGGCCCUGAAAGAUGCCUACAGCAAGCGCACAGAGCUGGAAACCGCCCUGCAGAAGGCCAAGGAGGAGCUGGCCCGGAUGCUGCGUGAAUACCAGGAGCUCAUGAGCGUGAAGUUGGCCUUGGACAUUGAGAUUGCCACCUAUCGCAAGCUGCUGGAGGGCGAGGAGUGCCGAAUGUCUGGAGAAUGCCAGAGUGCCGUGAGCAUCUCUGUGGUCGGUGGUGCUGCCGGUGCAGGAGGCAUCGGUGGAGGGCUAGGAAGCGGCUCUGGAUUUGGCCUGGGCAGCGGCUUUGGCUCUGGCUCCGGAAGUGGCUUUGGAUUUGGUGGUGGUGUCUGUGGCAGUUCCGGCGGCAAGAUCAUCUCUACCAGCACCCUGAGCAAGAGAUCCUACCGAUAGAGGAGACGAGGUCUCUGCCGCCCCUGAGGCCAGCCCGGCCCAGCCCUGGUGUCUCUGCUUCCUUCACCCCCACCUCCAUCCUCCCUUCCUGGGGCUCAUCUUACCAGUGUCUCCUCAGUACCAGGGUGUGGACUCUGCCUUCUUAGAGUUUGGUAGCUUCUUCCCGACUGGGGCUUGGGGACCCAGCUGGAACAGGAGAGGUGUCAGCUGACUCUUCACCUCCCAUGGACAGAGGAGAAUAUAACCAGGAGCUUCAUCUCCAGAAUCAUCAGGGUCACACAUGCCCCCGCCCAGUCCAAUGCCGUCUCCUACCAGACCCCGGAUAUCCCUCUCCAUCAGGACCAAACUCCAUCACUUGGCAGCAACUGGCCCUAUCAGGUCAGGACAAGAACCACUCAGUGUCCCGUCCAACUCUUUCCCUUCCCUCGCUCCAUCUUCGGGUGAAUCUUCAAUAAACGCUUUUGUCAUU